AAAUGUCGUGUUUUAUAUUUACAUUAUUAAUUAGUCAUUAUUUUAUUAUGUUCAGCACAACAUUACUUCUACUCAUAGGAGUAAACCUGGUCUUGUCUCAAAAUAUAAACCUUACCUGUGAUCUGGAAAAAUGCUUAGAGCCAAAAAGAAUAGAUACAAGUUUACCUGAGACAAGGGUGGAUGGGUGCGAAGAUCAUCUUGUGGAGAUAAAUAUAAAACCUCUUCAGGGGCCUCAAUUCUGCUCUAUCAGUUUGGUUAAUUCUUCAACUACUGAGUAUGAUUAUAUAUUCUACUAUGAGGAUUCAAUUAGUUCUCCAAGGGUUUUAUAUUCUCUCUCCAAUAUUGUCUCUCUGAGGUUUGGGUUGAAAUCACCAGAACAAACAUGCACGUUAGAUGUUACAGCUAGAUGUGCUCCUAAUGAUACAAACGAGAACAAUUUUGAUGGAUUUGGUUCUGGAUUAAAAACUGUAAACUUUACUCCCAACCUUGUUCAAUCCUUCACAUUCAAUAAUACAGAUAAUAUACAUAACUUGAGCACUGUCUCCACCCUAUCUUCCCCUUUGUCAGGGUUCAGUAUAUUAAGUUUGGAAGAUGGAAUUUCUCACAUGGUGUUUGGAAACUUUCAGGCCCUUCUCAGACCAGCAGGCGGAGUUUCUAAACUAGAAGUUUAUACUUUUUCCCAACAGGCUGUUGGUAAUGUAAGCUGGGAUUUAGGAAAAGAGGCUCCAACAACUACAACAACUGUUGCACCUACAACAACAGCAGCUCCACCUAGGUUGCAAUCAAACAACAACUUUCAUUUCUGAGUUU